AAUCAGCGUUCGCCGUUCCGAAAGUUGCCUUUUAUGGCUCGAGUGGCCGCUGUGGCGUCCUAUAAAACCCGGCGGCGCAACGCGCAACCACUGUCGAGUCCGCGUCCACCCGCGAGCACAGGCCUCUCGCAGCUCUUUCUUCGCCGCUCCACACCCGCCACCAGUUCGCCAUGGAUGACGAUAUCGCUGCGCUCGUUGUCGACAACGGCUCCGGCAUGUGCAAAGCCGGCUUCGCGGGCGACGACGCUCCCCGAGCUGUCUUCCCCUCCAUCGUGGGCCGCCCUAGGCACCAGGGCGUGAUGGUGGGUAUGGGCCAGAAGGACUCCUACGUGGGUGACGAGGCCCAGAGCAAGAGAGGUAUUCUGACCCUGAAGUACCCCAUUGAACACGGCAUUGUCACCAACUGGGACGACAUGGAGAAGAUCUGGCAUCACACCUUCUACAACGAGCUUCGUGUGGCCCCCGAGGAGCACCCUGUGUUGCUCACCGAGGCCCCCCUGAACCCCAAGGCUAACCGUGAAAAGAUGACCCAGAUCAUGUUUGAGACCUUCAACACCCCUGCCAUGUACGUAGCCAUUCAGGCCGUGCUGUCCCUGUAUGCCUCUGGUCGUACCACUGGCAUUGUGAUGGACUCCGGAGACGGGGUCACCCACACUGUGCCCAUCUAUGAGGGCUACGCUCUCCCUCAUGCCAUCCUGCGUCUGGACCUGGCUGGCCGGGACCUGACAGACUACCUCAUGAAGAUCCUGACCGAGCGUGGCUACAGCUUCACCACCACAGCUGAGAGGGAAAUCGUGCGUGACAUCAAAGAGAAGCUGUGCUAUGUUGCCCUGGACUUCGAGCAAGAGAUGGCCACUGCUGCAUCCUCUUCCUCCCUGGAGAAGAGCUAUGAGCUGCCUGAUGGCCAGGUCAUCACUAUUGGCAAUGAGCGGUUCCGUUGCCCCGAGGCUCUUUUCCAGCCUUCCUUCUUGGGUAUGGAAUCCUGUGGCAUCCAUGAAACUACAUUCAAUUCCAUCAUGAAGUGUGAUGUUGACAUCCGCAAAGACCUCUAUGCCAACACAGUGCUGUCUGGUGGUACCACCAUGUACCCAGGCAUUGCUGACCGGAUGCAGAAGGAGAUCACUGCUCUGGCUCCCAGCACCAUGAAGAUCAAGAUCAUUGCUCCUCCUGAGCGCAAAUACUCUGUGUGGAUCGGUGGCUCCAUCUUGGCCUCACUGUCCACCUUCCAGCAGAUGUGGAUCAGCAAGCAGGAAUACGAUGAGUCUGGUCCCUCCAUCGUCCACCGCAAAUGCUUCUAGGCGGACUGUUACUGAGCUGCGUUUUACACCCUUUGACAAAACCUAACUUGCGCAGAAAAAAAAAAAUGAGACAACAUUGGCAUGGCUUUGGUUUUUUGUUUUUGUUUUUUUCUAAUUUUUUAAAAAAAUGUUUUGUUUUUUGUUUUGUUUUGGCGCUUUUGACUCAGGAUUUAAAAACUGGAACGGUGAAGGCGACAGCAGUCGGUUGGAGCAAGCAUCCCCCAAAGUUCUACAAUGUGGCUGAGGACUUUGAUUGUACAUUUUUUUUUUUUUUUUGUUUCUUUUUUAAGUCAUUCCAAAUACCCAUGAGAUGGCUACAGGAAGUCCCUCACCCUCCCAAAUGCCACCCCCAUUCCAUAGAGGAGGAUGGCUGAGUCCAUGCCCUGAGUCCACACCGGGGAGGUGACAGCAUUGCUUCUGUGUAAAUUAUGUACUGCAAAAAUUUUUUUAAAUCUUCCGCCUUAAUACUUUUUGUUUUUGAAUGGUCAGCCAUCGUGGCCCUCUUUUUUUUUUUUUUUUUUUUUUUUUUUGUCCCCCCAACUUGAUGUAUGAAGGCUUUGGUCUCCCUGGGAGUGGGUUGAGGUGUUGAGGCAGCCAGGGCUUGCCUGUACACUGACUUGAGACCAGUUUAAUAAAGUGCACACCUUACAAACA